AUGCCUCGUCGAAGUCGAGGCUGCCAGGAGUGUCGGAAUAGGCGAAUCGGGUGCGAUCAGUCCAGGCCUACUUGUCGGCAAUGCGCUGUGACGAAUCGAGCCUGCUCUGGCGCAAAGCUUGAUACCAUCAUCAUUGACCAAACCGAGGCUGUUACAACUAGAUGCCAGAGCAGAGCAACUGGCGGAACACAACGUCUUGCACGGCUUCCCAAGGUGCCUUCGCCUCGUGCGAUUUGGCUGAGCUACUACGUAUCUCGGUUCAUUCAAUUCAUGUCCUUGCACACCGGAGGACCAACAAUGUCGCCGUUGCUGGACGAACUUGGCGCCAUGCCAGUCAACGAGACAUCAUCCACCUUAAAAUUAUCUCUUUACGCAGUCUCUGCUGUCUACUGUGGUGUAGCAGCUCACGAUCAGUCGUUGGUCUCAGCGGCCGUCGAGGUUUAUGGUAGAGCAAUUGUGCAGCACCAUACAGCUAUCACGCAGAGCGCUUUGGCACCUAGCAUAACUACGAUUUCCACAACGCUGCUUUUAUCCCUCUUUGAGACGGUAUGGCCGACUGGUCCAAAUGGAUACUCAUGGCACAUGAGGGCAGUACAGAAGUUGUUGGCAUUGGCGAGGGUGGAGCUUGCCAGCAGUCAAUUCAUGAGGCAAAAUGCCGUGCAUUUCCAGUAUCAAACACUUUUCACGAUGGUGACUACUCCAGAAGUUGAUGCUGCCGCCAGCUGGGAUAGCGAGUGUUGGAGUGACCUGUGUUGGUUUCAACUCAAACAAGACCAGUCUACUCCUAACGUCUCGGAUCGUCUGACAUACCAAUUGUUUAGACUCGGAGAGGUUUUCGUGCAACGGAGCCGCAAUAACAGCACUAUCAAUAACACAAAAGUCCGAGUUGCGGAAAUAAUGAUCAGCAUUGACAAGCUAUGGGAUGACUACCAGGCUGACUUGAUGGCACAAGACAGCACCUUGCCGAUUAGCAGCUUGAAAGGGGUGAGGUAUACGAACGAAUUAACAGCCAUGACAGUCGCACACUUUGCGGCCGCGCAAAUCAUGGCAAGCGUUCUCAUGACACCGAGACAAGAGCCCGUGCAGCUUGACGAAGACGCUCCUUUAGCUUUCGCCUAUUAUUUCCCUUGA